AUGGUCAACCCCACCGUGUUCUUCAACAUCGCUAUGGAUGGCAAGCCCUUGGGCCGCAUCUCCUUGGAGCUGUUUGCAGACAAAUUUCCAAAGACAGAAGAGAACUUCCAUGCUCUGAGCACUGAGGAGAAAGGAUUUGGUUAUAAAGGUUCCCGUUUUCACAGAAUAAUUCCGGGAUUUAUGUGCCAGGGUGGUGACUUCAGAUGCCAUAAUGGCACUGGUGGCAAGUCCAUCUAUGGGGAGAAAUUUGAUGAUGAGAAUUUCCUCCUGAAGCAUACGAGUCCUGGCAUCUUGUCCAUGGCAAAUGCUGGCCCCAACACAAAUGGUUCCCAGUUUUUCAUCUGCACUGCCAAGACUGAGUGCUUGGAUGGCAAACAUGUGGUCUUUGGCAAGGUAAAGGAGCACAUGAAUAUUGUGGAAGCCAUGGAGUGCUCUGGGUCCAGAAAUUGCAAGACCAGCAAGAAGAUCACCAUUGCUGACUGUGGACAAAUCUAAUAAAUUUGACUUGUGUUUUAUCUUAA